AUCACAUAGACCGACAACCGGAAACCUCGACCGCGUCGCUCUCAAAUGGCAAGCUACUGUUCGAACUCUAACACAACAUGGUCAACCACUAUCCUAACAACCUUUAUAAUCCAUAUACAUGUGUUAUAUGCCGGGGGGAAGUAAUAGUUGGGCGUUAUGGGUCUCAAACUAUUACAAAAGGCAAAGCGGCUAUUAACGACGAUCCACGAGCCAGUCCUCACGCCAGAAAAUCACAUCAGUUACUCUGGUAUCAUGAGAACUGUUAUUAUAAUCUAGCUAGUACCUACACCGCUGCAGAGGUCCCAGAUAAGAGGAAAAUCAGGGAAUUUUACGAGGCAACUAACUCUGCAUAUCCGGCCCCUAGGUAUAAAAAAGGAAUCCGCGAAUCCAUGAGGGAGGGGCUUCUUUUUGGUAAGCACACGAAAGUUGUACUGAAGGGCUGCUUCAGCCAAGCUUUGUUGAGGAGGCUACCUGAGGAAGUCUUACGUAUGAUCUUGCGUUAUCUGGGGGAAUGCCGGUGGUUGAUAGUGCUCGGCGAAACUCGUCGACUGUUUGACCUGUGGGAGCGUGGCUGUGAGGACAGGUGUGAACGAGUCACUACGUCGAAGCCUGUCUUCUUGACAAGAAUAGAAUUCCGAGGUGUUUCUUAUAUUUCGAAAAUCAGCAAUGUGCCAUUUGGAAAACCCUCGGAUGAAGGUUUCCCUGGGGAAUUGCUUGGUUUGCCGCCCAACACGCGGAGACUUAUUGUGUCCAAAGACCACAUGGGAAUCCGCAAUAUACGACCUAUUGUGGACGGUUUAGAGCUAUCGGCAGAUGGAUCUGCAUGGUAUGAAGUAUUUGGCGAACCUAAUGCAUCAUUGGACGCCGAAAUCGAGGUCUUAUAUAAUGGGUUCUUUCUUCGUAGAGUCCGGUCAACUACAACUGAUCGGAGUCCUGAAAUGGGGCCGUGGUCCAUUCCAUGUCCGCCUUUGGUCUCGCCGUAUAAUAUGGAUUGCAUUGAAAGCUUAAAGCGGGGGCAUAAUUGGCUUCACUAUACACAGCUCGAUGCCGGCGUCAAAGGUCUUACCGUUUGCCGCUUUAAUGAUCAUAAUAUUGGAUUCCAUCCCUUCACUGGUUUAUCAGUGGAUUACAGGCGUUUCAUCUCCCAUGUGAAGCAACAGUACUCGGACUCUUUUCUCACUUGGAUGUACUUUCCCAUCAAUCCCGGCGAAUCUAUAACCGACGUAUGGACCCGCAAAUAUGGGACUGUUGAUGGAUAUUGGCCAUCCUGUGGCCCGUCGAUUGUUCUCGAAACAUCUCUACGCAGAACGGUAACUUUCGGGGCAUAUAUACCUUCUAAAGAUAUACAUCGUCAGCCUAUUUCUCAAAUGAGGCCCCAUCAGUCUCGUUCUCUUCUUAGAAGUAGCGACGGUGCUAUCUCGGGGAUAUUCCACAACGGUUUCGAUCCGAUAUCACCAUACAUCACGGAGUUUGGAGUUAUAUGCGACUCUCACCGCGCGAGGAAGCCAACCAACCAAAUACCAAGCUCCGAACUGUAUUUGUAUCCGACCCCUCCGUUUCCUCGUGAAUUAUUUACCUAUGGUUAUCAUCAUGAUGAAUGGUACUUGACAAAGGCUCCAGUGGAAGGCCUCACCGGGGUACAAUUUUGUCAAGACAAGGAACAGCGAAACCAUCCGCGUAUUGGACUCAUCCUACACUACAGCGACGGGCAUAUAGAAUCUCUGGGGCAAUUCCGCUGGGACUUAACAGUUUCCGAUAUAAUCGCCGCCCCUAUUAGGAUCGAGAUAUGCCGUGAUGAAGAUGAGCGUUAUUAUAACCACCCUUAUAUCGGGGCCGUCGAAACAAUACCGCCAUUCAAUGCUAGGGGAGAAGAAAGAAAGUGGCAAGAUAUUCCGAAUCAUGGGGUCCUCGUUUGGUGGAACAAUCCUAGGAUAGGUGAAGAGAUCGCGCUUUAUGAGUCUUGAUUUCAAUAGGUAUUGUGAGGGCGAAGGGGCGAACCUGGGGUUUGACUUUACGGUGCACACGCGACAGACGUUUCCAAAUUAUCGUAGGUAGGUUAUUGUCAAUAUGAUUAUUCAACGGGUAUAAGAUGC